GCUGUCAAUUUGUUGAAUGUGCUUGUCGCGAGCUGACGGCGACGGAUAUAACGCUGGUGUUUUCUGGAAUUUGUGGACUAAUGGAAACGCGUAAUUGAAUUUUUUGUGCGUUGAAAAAUCUUAAUACGAGUGGUAGUGAUAAUGGAGUGACGAUGAUUGUGCAGCUACUUUCUGUGGUUCGGAAAAUUUGAUUAAUAGCACGGAUUCAAGCAUCUAGUGACGCUUGCUUGCUUGCUUGCUAGAGCACUUAACUAUACACGGCAGUCUCGAGGGGAGAUUCUAAGAGACGGGAAAUAAAUUUGGUGACCUUAAUAACGACCCGCUAUACGCGUGUGAAUCAGGAAAAAUGGUUCUACUGGCCACGAUCAGCUCGGUGUUAUCGAUGAUAACACUGGCACCGAUCAUUUCGAUGCUUUUCUUCGUCAUCUUCCUGGCCUCGAUCGGGAAGUCUCUUGGAGUUCGACGGAUGUACGUAAACCUGCUGGUGAAGAUUUUCGAGUAUGGUCGCCAAAACAUAGAAACGGCUCGCAAGCAGCAGCAUGCUAAUCUAAAUAUUUCUGACAAUGACGAUAGUGCACUCGACGGCAAAUUACCACACGCGGAUGACACCGGAAGCAGUAAUAACAAUGACAACGCGGUCCCAGCGGAAGCAGAAAUCAAAACCAACGGAGAUAUCAACAAUCGAACAACAAAACCACAUCAACAACAGCAAGCUCACCAGAAUGGUAAUGUGGUUACCAAUGGCGGAAACACCGUGAUUAGCCGGGUAGAAUCGCUUAUCCUGUUACCAGAGGUCGACGGCGCGGCCAGAAGCAAAAGCCGAGAGUCCAAUUAUGAGGAGGACCAUGAAUCAUUCGAGUUUAAGCUGUCCAAUUGUUUGGAUUAUGUGAAAUCAGGAAUGGAAGCAAUCAUAGAAGAUGAAGUUACCAGUCGCUUCGAGGCCGAGGAGCUGAAAAAUUGGAAUCUUCUAACCCGUACUAAUCGGCACUACGAAUUUAUCUCGCUUAGAUUGACGGUUAUCUGGGUUAUAGGAUUCUUCAUCCGCUAUGUGAUUCUAAUGCCUUGUAGAGUGUUUAUUUGUUUUGUCGGGGUCCUUUAUUGCGUGAUUGGUUUCGCCGUGGUGGCAUUCAUUCCCAAUCGCAGGCUUCACAAGCAAGCGAACGAGUAUGUUUUCAAACACACUUUCCGUAUAAUCUGUCGCUCGAUAUCCGCAGUUAUAAAUUUCCACAACAAGGAAUACAAACCGAAAAACUGUGGCUUCUGUGUAGCUAACCACACGACUCCAAUUGAUAUAGCGAUACUUUCUACCGAUAACACCUAUUCCUUGAUUGGACAGCGACAUGGAGGUUUUCUGGGGGUACUGCAGCGUGCUUUAGCAAGGGCUUCUCCUCACAUUUGGUUUGAGCGAGCGGAAGCCAAAGAUCGAAUGGCCGUAGCUAGAAGGCUAAAAGAGCAUGUUUCGGACCCCAACAACCCACCAAUUCUUAUUUUCCCCGAGGGUACCUGUAUCAACAACACAUCCGUGAUGCAGUUUAAGAAAGGAAGUUUUGAAGUUGGAGGAGUUAUAUACCCAGUUGCUAUCAAGUAUGACGCACGUUUUGGUGAUGCAUUCUGGAACAGCUCGCGCUAUUCCAUGAUGCAGUAUCUGUACAUGAUGAUGACUUCGUGGGCGAUCGUCUGCGACGUCUGGUACCUGCCUCCGAUGACACGCGGCGAAAACGAGUCUGCGAUCGAUUUCGCCAACCGGGUUAAGAGUGUCAUUGCCAAACAAGGCGGCCUGGUCGAUCUCGUCUGGGAUGGUCAGCUCAAGCGCAUGAAGCCAAAGAAGGAAUGGAAGGAAAAACAGCAGGAAGAGUUCACCAAGAGACUCAAAGGCGAAUGAAGAUUGUUGCUGCAGGAAACCAAGUGCGAUGAAGACAUUGGUCAAUCCAGCCUUGCGAGUAUUUAUAAUUCCUAAUAUCGUACUGCAUGAUUGAAGAGAAGUAAAAAAAAAGAGAAGUAUGUCCAGCUGCGUUUAAAUUUAAGAGCAUCAAUGUCGAAGUACCCAUGCAACAAUAUUUUAUGACGUCUAGUCUACGAGAAAAAGACAGAAAUAGUUAUUCUAUCGUGAACACAAAUAGCCAAAAUUGCAUUCAAAUCCUGCUUCGGAUUGGUGUGAAACAAUUUAUUGAAAGUGAGAGUACUGAUAUUUAUUAAUUUAUGCGAUGCGAUAGCAAAUUGUAAAUAAUACCACACACAAAACACAAUCCGUAAAAUAGUUUACAGUGAUUCAGUUGCUCAGUUUUUUUUUCUCUAAGCUGUUGUAUUUGUCUAGUUGUGAUAUAGUAUCUUUUCAAACUAUAAUAAGAUAAGUUUUCUUUCAAUACACUGCAUGGGAUGAUCCUUCUCCUUAUUUAUCGCACUCAGUUUUUUCUUCAUAAAAUGUAAAUAAAAAUGGUAACUCCUCUUAAAAAACUUUUUGAAAGUUAUCAAUUUUCUUCCCUAAGUUCGGAAAAACAAUAACGUAGUGACCAAAUUGUACAGCAUAAUACCUAAAGUAGCAAAGCUCUACUGAAAAAGACUGAAAAUCCUGUAAUUUAGUUUACACAACUAAUAAGGCAACGGUAAUGGACGUCGAGGUAAUGGAUGAAAUACAACUGUUUUAAAGGCAAAAUGUUAUCAAUCAGGAAGCAGAAUUAAAGAGAGCAAAAUCAGUUUCAAAGGCAACUACAAACAAAAACUGUCAAUUUCAACAGCAACCAAAAAAUAACAGCCCGGACGACAAUCACACCAAAAAAACAAUGUGCAUUAUUGAAAUACUGUUUAUUCGAGAUGUUGCUCGAAAAACUACUAUUACUGAUUUGUUUCAAGAUACAUACAUAACUUGAUUAUCAUGUGUCCUAAUCUUUGAAAUGACGCACAAAUCCACCGGUUUUCCUGCCGAUAAGUGUCUGCUCCAGUGCUAGCAAUCAAAACCGAAUCGAACAUCUCUCUUUCUCUGCCAGCCAAAUCAUACCUUUGCUAAUAUGCAUGAAAGUCUCGUGGUUCCUUUCAGGUGAAACAGGUUUUAUGAAACCAUCAAGGGAAAAUUCCCUAAACUGUAAAUGGUGCAGAAUACCUUUAAUUUUUGAAAAUUAAGUGUUUGUGGAGAUUUUCAGCUAAGAAAGAUUUUAAAAUUGAAUCAUACGUCGAAAUAAAGUUGUACUUGCAACACCUUA